AUUCAACUUCUCGGUUCCAAGUCAUACACAGACGAGAACAAUCAGCCACAUCGUGUUCAUUUCGAACCACGUGCUUUGGAAGUUUCAUCGGCCAUGCUCGAUUCCUCAUUGUCGCCAACCGGGCCGGGUGAUUUUACCUUGGGUCACGUGGGUUUGGGUGGAUCGGAACUACCGCAGCCUCAGUACAGUUUGGUUAUCGAUGAACUGGAAGCCAAUACGGUUUAUGAUGUGCAAAUACGUCCAGUUUACAACAGUCCAACCUUGGGCCAUGUGAAUGAGGCCAAUUCACCCAUGGGUCGAACGAGUUGCCGGACCCUCAUGUUACGCGAUCAAUCAGAUCCGCAUAAGGAAUCCCUCGAAAGCUUCCAUUCCAAAUUGCACCGUCCAACUUUGUGCCCCCCGGACAGUCUGAUCAAGAUUCAUUGGAGUGAAAUUCUCCUCCGGGUCAUUUGUUGUACAGGCGGUCGAGAUGUGUGCGAAUAG